AUAUCCCAACGCACAAAGCAACCCCUCCCUUGGUCCAGCCAGCAGCUCCCUCAGGUGCCUUUUCAGGGAUGGCCUUGUGGGCAUGCCCUGCCUCCCUGGAUAUAUAACCUGCCCCAGGAGGGACAACUACCCAGAGGCAGCCCCAGAGAGGUUAUUCCAAGAUGAAGGCUUUCCUUGUGCUCCUGCUGGGAGCACUCCUGUGCGUAGACUCAGGUUCAUCUUUGCAGUGCUACAGCUGCACAUCCCAGCUCAGCAAUUCCAAGUGCAUGACGAAGAUGGAGUGUGGCGAGAAGAAUAUGUGCAAGACAGAUGUCAUCCGGGUCGUGGGGCUCUUCAGCAUCAUCAGCAAGGGGUGCGAUUCCUCAUGUGAUGCAUCCUACCAGGACUUCAAUGUGGGCAACAGGAACAUCUCCUGCUGCAGCAGUGACCUCUGCAAUGUCAACGCCGCGGGCAGUGUGAGGUCCAGCUAUGGGCUGGCGGGAGGAAUAGCGGCCGGAGUGCUCUGGAUUGUCCUCAACAACAAAUUGUGAGGAGCAAAGAGGCCUCCCAUGACCACAGCAAGUCUUGGAGCACCCUUCUAACAACAGGAAUUGUACCAGGAGCAGUGGGGUGUGUUGGGCACCCAGCACCCUGGGAGCCAUAUGAUGGCUUCUGCUUUAAUCUUGCAAAGCUUGAGUGCUACCAGAUAAGGAAAUUUGUGUUCAUGUUAUCUGCAAAACACCUCAAAUAAAGUUAUUUCUCCACCAA